AUGUCAAACAAUACAUAGACAUCAUAUGGAUUUCACAACAUAAAGUAUUGGAGUAAUAAACACUACGAGUUUUGUUCUAAGAUAAAGGAUCGUAUCUUUAUAGCUGAAGAUAUAAAACACAAUAAUAGAAAAAUUGUUAUUAAGUAAAUCACUAAUUAGUCUAAAAAAUAUAGAGAGAGAGAGAAAUAAAUAACCAAGGAUCUAAUUAAUUUAUAUAAAAUUAAUCACUAUAAUCCUCACAUCAUUGAAUAUUAUGACUUGUUUGAUGAGAAUGAUAGUACUUUCAUUGUGAUGUAAAAUUGUGAAUCUAAUCUAUCUACAUUAUAUUAGAAGACAGUCACCUCAUUUUAAGUAAAGAAUUAUCAAUUUUAUUGUAAUGUUCUUGAUAUAAUUCGAUAAAUCAUAGAAGGAUAUCAAUUUUUGUAUUAUUAAUUUGGAUCCAAUUUUUAACAUAGAGAUCUAAAACCUGAAAAUAUUUUAUUUGUUGAUAAUCAAUACAAAAUUUGUGACUUUGAGUUUUACAAAAUUUCUUAUGAAAAUCCAACCAAAGAAAUUGGCACUCAAAACUUUUAAGCUCCUGAAUUGUAUGGAGAUAAUAACUACGAUAAUAAAUGCGAUAUAUACUCUUUAGGAAUAAUAUUAUUAUGGCUACUGACUGGUUAAUAUUCGAAAGAUAAAAUUUCUGGAUUAAAUUCUAAUUUUUAAGAAUUAUUAAAGAUUAUGUUGGAAGAUAACCCUAAAACAAGAAUAAGUUGGAACUAGCUUUUCAAACAUCCAGUAUAUGUUAAAGAACCAAAAGAUUUUUUAAAUACAGAGAAAGUUAAUAACACUUCACUUACACUUUAUGAUUUGUCUUAAAUAAUUUAGUUAGCUGAUUUAGAUAGCACUCAAUCAAGUUUUACUUAAAAAACCAAUACAUCUUUUAUUUAAUAAAAUAAUUGCUUACAGGAAUUGGAACUAAAUAAAUUAAUUAGUGACACAUUCAAAAAUGUGAAUGAGAAUAAUAUGGAACUUUCUAGAAUCUUAUUCGCACUAUGGGUAAAAAUCUAUGACAAAAAAAUCCUUUAAGAAAAUGAUGAAAUUAGGAGAAAGGAAUAUCAUAGACUGAAAUAAUUGAUUCGCAUAAAUAAUUAAGUUGAUUAUAGAAUUGAAUUUUUAACAAUUUAGGAAUUAUGUCAACAAUUAUUUUAUCAUCUUGAACAUUUUAAGAGCGAUGAAGAUUUGAUAAAAAGAUUGAAAGCCUUCCUAGAAAAAGAAAUGAAUUUAAGGUGA